UUCCAGUACCAGUAACAUAAUAAAUAAGUGGCUUAUAUUGUGUGAAUAAUUUUCACAAAGUUUGUCGAUAUUUCAUUACGCGUCCUACAUAAGCAUCGAAGCAGUAUUUAAUAUCCUUUAAUUUUUUGUUAAGAAUAUGACAAAUGUUAUUGAUUGAUAUUCUGUUGCGAAAAAUAGUGUUAUAAAAUAAAUGACCUAUUACUACAUAGAAAGAACACGAGAAAUCCAAAUGUAAAUCUUAAAUAUACCACCCAAAAACAUCUUUACCAGCUUGCUACAGUUACCAAUAUAUCAGAAUAACUAAAUGUCUGCAUUAAGUCUUGUCUUUUUGCUGAUUUCUAUUUACCCAUGCUGUUUCAAUCUUCAGGAAGACUUCUCUAAAAUCCAUAAUUUUUUCCUAUUAAAACUCUUUAAAAGCAUCACUACAUUAACUCAAUAAUUUGUGAAACUCAUACAUUUUUGUAUCAAAGCCUGAGAUUUCAAAUGGAAAAUUUAAUUAAUUGUUUCCAAAGCAAAAUAUUUAUUUCUUAGUAAUUCUCAGGUGUAAAUGUAUGUAUGACCUUUGAUUGUCUUAAUUCAUUGAACCUAAUUUAAAAAUAAAUAUUCCAAUGGCUACACAUAAAGUGUGUUCAUAUAUACUUUAUCUGUUAAUGGUUAGUGCCACAGUUCAAGUAGUUAUCUUAAUUGUUGUUUAUCUGUGUUUACUUGUACAGUUGUAUCUAUUCUUUCAUUACUAUGUUGUAAGGUCUAAGUUGUGUUGUGAAUGUGGAGUGAAAGUAAAAUAAUUAUUUUAAGUCUAGUUUAAUUGGUAAUUUAUUUUGGUUGAUGUGUUGUAUAGUCAGGGGGACAAUUUGACAUAGAUGCUGUUAGAUAAUGUUUAAGCUAUUAGCUUAAGCCUUAAUACAAUAAAAAUAUUGUUUAGUUAUCUAAAAUUAUUGGAGUAAGAUCCAAGAAUGACACUGCAGAAAUACUUUGUUCAGGCUACAAAACAUUAUUUAUGCAGACACCGCAUAAUACAGUCAAAACAAACAUACUGUGAACUACGCCACUCAUACAGUAGUGGAGCAAGGAAGUACACAGACAGGCAUGAAUGGGUGACUGUCGACAAGGAAAUAGGCACUGUGGGCAUCAGCAAAUAUGCUCAAGAAUCAUUAGGUGAUGUGGUCUUUGCACAACUACCAGAUCCAGGAAUGAAACUAAUAGCUGGUGAUGAAUGUGGUGCACUAGAAAGUGUUAAGGCAGCUAGUGAAAUAUAUUCUCCCUUAUCUGGUACUGUGACAGAGAAAAAUAAAGAUGUGGAAGCAAAACCAGGGUUAAUAAACACAUCUUGUUAUGAGAAAGGUUGGUUGUACAAGCUAAGGUUGAGUAAACCUGAAGAGUUAAAUGAACUCAUGGACGAAGAACAGUACGAUAAGUUCUUGAAAACGGAUGUUGAAAAAGAUGAUGCAUAGAUUUCAUGUCGAUUUAUUUAUUUAGUUGAAACCAAAAAGCUGUAAAAGCAUUAUCUGUUAUUGAUACUGAUUAAAAACCUUAUUAUAUUCACUUA